AAAAAACAGUACUAAACUACUAAUAGUACUUAGCCAGUACUCAGUAGCCGAGUAGUUGAAGUUAAGUAAACCUGCGAACAACGCAGAGCAACGUGUGACGGAAGGCCUCAACCGCACGUCUGCCGACCACCUCAAAUCCUCUCUCUCUCUCUCUCUCUCUCUCUCUUUCUCUCUGUAUCUGGUUCAGAGUACAAAAUCUGACUCUCUCGACUCUCAGUCCCCUGGCCUCACCUGCUUUCCAACUUCCAAACCCCAUGGGCUUCCUCCGACGCCUCUUUGGAUUCGUUUCCAAAAAGUCCAAGGAUAAGAAGAAAAGGGGCUUCCCAGGAAGACCGCCAGACCCUGCCAACGCCCAAACGACAUCGUCCGAACUCGUCGACGACCUGGACCCUAACAAGCACGCCAUAGCCGUCGCGGCGGCCACCGCGGCGGUUGCGGAGGCGGCGCUCGCGGCUGCUCAUGCGGCGGCCGAGGUGGUCAGGCUGACCAGUGCCGGUCCUACGCGUGCCCCCUCCGGGCCCCAGCGUCGGUGGACGGAGGAGGUUGCCGCCGUUAAAAUACAGUCCGCUUUCCGUGCUUAUCUGGCAAGGAGGGCGCUCAAGGCACUAAAAGCACUGGUGAAGCUUCAGGCAUUGGUGAGAGGACACAUGGUGAGAAAGCAAACUGCUGACAUGCUGCGGCGCAUGCAAACAUUGGUCCGUGUACAGGCCCGAGCACGUGCAAGCCGCACACACUUGUUAGAAUCCUUUCAUUCUACCAGCAAAUCCUCCCACUUUAGUCACCGUGUCCCUGCAACUCCGGACAGAAAUGAACACCAACUUCGUGCUUCUAGUACCAAAUUUGAUGGCUCAAUCUUAAAGAGAUGUGGUUCAAAUUCAAACUUCAGGGACAUCAUCGACCUAGACAGAGCAAAUGGUCGUUCAAACUGGUUAGACCGGUGGAUGGAAGAAAGUUUAUUGAACAAUCGUCGAGAUAUUUCAUUGAGAAAUGGGCAUGCUGAUGAUGAGGAGAAGAGCGACAAGAUUCUUGAAGUGGAUACUUGGAAGCCGCAUUUGAAAUCCCAACAAAGUAAUAGAAGCUUUCAGACACCACAGCAUUUAUUUUCUUCUGAUUUUAACAAGGAGAGCUUUAAGACAUACAACUCUCCAAUAGAAGCUCCAAACCCAGUUCCUACUCAAUCUUCCAGGGAGCUUUUAUCUCUGAGCUCUCUAACAGUAGGAAAAGAUGAAGCAGCUGUAAGGACUGCUGAGAACAGCCCUCAAGUGUAUUCUGCAACAUCUAGGCCUGGAAGUAAUGCCAGAAAAGGUCCAUUCACGCCCACAAGGAGCGAGUGCGCUUGGGGCUUUUUUACCGGGUACUCAGGUUACCCUAACUACAUGUCUAACACCGAAUCAUCUCGUGCUAAAGUUAGGUCACAGAGUGCCCCAAGGCAAAGGCUCGAAUUUGAAAAUUUUGGCUCAGUCAGGAGGUCUGUUCAGGGGUUUUGGGAUGCAGGGAUUGAUUCAGAUAGGGAUUUUGCCCAACAAGCUGACUACAGGAACAAAGCUUAUCCUGCCUCUACCCGCUUGAGUAGAGUUGGGAGUACUAGUUUCAAGUGAUUUUUCUGUGUAUGGCAGCAGCAAUGCUAGAGUUGUAAUUAUUUGACAUGAGUUUUGUAUGGGCACUCGAUGUUCUCUACUACAAGAUUAUGUACUCCAGUUUGUAUAUUUGUCGAUCUGUGUGUUAUGUCUUAUGUUUUUUCCUUCUCA